AUGGCGGCAGCGGCGGCGGCGGCGGCCGAGCAGCAAAGUUCCAAUGGUCCUGUGAAGAAGUCCAUGCGUGAGAAGGCCGUUGAGCGGAGGAAUGUCAAUAAAGAGCACAACAGUAACUUCAAAGCCGGAUAUAUCCCGAUUGAUGAAGAUCGGCUCCAUAAGACGGGCCUGAGAGGGAGAAAGGGCAACCUGGCCAUCUGUGUGAUCAUCCUCUUGUUCAUCCUGGCCGUCAUCAACUUAAUUAUAACCCUUGUUAUCUGGUCUGUGAUUCGCAUUGGACCGAAUGGCUGUGACAGCAUGGAGUUUCAUGAAAGUGGCCUGCUUAGAUUUAAGCAAGUCUCUGACAUGGGCGUCAUCCACCCUCUUUACAAGAGCACAGUAGGAGGAAGGCGAAAUGAAAAUCUAGUCAUCACUGGCAACAACCAGCCUAUUGUUUUUCAGCAAGGAACAACAAAGCUUAGUGUGGAAAAGAACAAAACUUCUAUUACAAGUGAUAUUGGUAUGCAGUUUUUCGAUCCAAGGACUCAAAAUAUUUUAUUCAGCACAGACUAUGAAACUCAUGAGUUUCAUUUGCCAAGUGGAGUGAAAAGUUUGAAUGUUCAAAAAGCAUCUACUGAAAGGAUUACAAGCAAUGCCACUAGUGAUUUGAAUAUAAAAGUUGACGGACGUGCUAUAGUGCGUGGAAACGAAGGAGUGUUCAUCAUGGGCAAGACCAUUGAAUUUCACACGGGCGGUGACAUGGAGCUAAAAGCAGAAAACAGCAUCAUCCUCAAUGGGUCCGUGAUGGUCAGCACCACGCGCCUGCCUACUUCCUCCAGCGGGGACCAGUUCGGUGCUGGGGAGUGGGUGCGCUACAAGCUGUGCAUGUGCGCCGACGGGACUCUCUUCAGAGUGCAAGUGACGGGCCCGAACAUGGGCUGCCAGGUCUCAGACCACCCCUGUGGGAACACUCACUAG